CGUGAGUUUCUCUUCGAUAGCGGUAUUCGAGCUUGCUCCUCGUGGCAUCCUAUAAGAAUUAUAUAAAAAAAAUAGUAACUCAAGUAACACCGAGAGAAUAUUUUAAAUUGGCGAUUGUAUUGGCGUUGUGACCGUUAAGCGAACAUUAACUGAUGUUACUUGUUGUGUUCAAUUUUAACUGAAACAUAAAAAGUUUGAACGAAUUUUUGAUUGAAAAAUUAAAGAUAUUUCGGCAUAAAAAACGCUUUGAUAUCAAACAAUUCAGUGAGAGAAGUAAAUAUAAUCAAAUUGUUGAAAAAGAACGGAUAAAUGAUAUGAAAAUUCGUGUAAGCAUUAUUGCGUGUAUGUUAAAUUAGGUAGAAAAAGCUUAAAUAGAAAGCAUUAAGGAAGUCAAAUCUCGGAGCCAAAGAAAAAUAAAAAAAAUAAACGAAAAUUUUGUAUGCCCAAUAGGAUAGAGAGCUUAUUGUUCAGCUUAUUGGGUAUAAUUUUCUGUAUGAAUUUCCCGUGAAAGUGCUUUAUAAUUCCGUGGUCGAUUGUGUUGAGUUGUGUAUUAUAACGAAAAAGUAAUAAAAAAGAAUUGGGAGAAGGUUUUCUGAAUAUUUUCCGUUCUUAAAAUAUAUAUAAAAAAAAUAAGAAGAAAGGUGAAGAGUGAAGAGCAAUAAAAUUAUUCCCCAGAGGAGGAGAGAAAUCGUAUACAUCAACACACAUAUCAGAGGGACAUACACAAUGAGAUAUAUACUUCAGGAUAUAGUGACGGUGUAUAUUCUAUUUAUUAAUUGCGGUUAUGGACAAAACUUUGAAGGUCUUAUACCGACAACUGAUUUUGGUACACCGACUGUUGUUCCAAAAUUUGUCUCUAGAGGCCAUUUAUACAAAGCAAUUGUAGGAGAUACAAUAGAACUGCCCUGCAAAGUUCAGAAUUUAGGUAAUUUUGUGUUAUUAUGGCGUCGUGGCACAUCCGUGCUCACAGCUGGACACUUAAAAAUAACGAGGGACUCUCGAUUUAAAAUCGUCGGCGAUUACAAUCUGCAAAUUGCAAAUGUUCGGACACAAGACGCAGGUGAUUAUAUAUGCCAAAUCGGUGACCAAGAAACGAGAGACCAGGUUCACACAGUCGAAAUAUUGGUUCCACCAACGUUGCGAGCCGUCCCACAAAAUGGUCAAGUUUCCGCUAGAAAAGGCAGCACUGUAACUCUCGAGUGUAAAGCGUCCGGCAACCCGGUUCCCACAAUAUAUUGGUUCAAAAAGGACAUAUAUUCCAGUACUACGCAUUUGUCGGAUAGCUCAACUCUAAUUCUGGACCGUGUUGAUCGCCAUCAUGCUGGAGUCUACCAGUGCGCUGCUGAUAAUGGAGUCAGAGAACCAGUGUCUAUGGAUAUCAACUUAACGAUUUUGUCUCCCCCCGAAAUAACCGUUGAAAAAUCAUGGGUACACGCCAGUGAAGGAUAUGAUAUUGAAUUGGCGUGCAUAAUUCAUGGUGAUGUAACAUCCGAUAUGAUGUGGUAUCAAAAUUCAUUUUUAUUGGACCCAACUGAUCGACGGUCUAUGACAUCGAAAGGGGAGAGACAUGUGCUGGCGAUUAAGAAUUUUCAGACAUCCGACUUCGGAAAUUACAGCUGUGUUGCCGAUAAUGCAUUGGGGCGAACGAAAAAAUACAUCGAAAUAUCAGGUCGACCAGGUCCAGCUGAGUUUAUUUCGCCAACAUUCAGCGGUGCAUUAGAAUAUUAUAAUUUAACGUGGAGCGUUGAAAGUAUACCACCACUUGAUGAAGUUCGGCUGUUAUACAGGCGAUUAAUGAUGAAUGAAUCGUACCAGCAUCCAGGUAAAUGGCAAGAUAUUAUUCUCAUACCAACAGUAACAAGGACCAGUGGAAACCAUUUUCUAAUGUCCCAUGUUAUUCGUGGAUUGGAGCAUAAUUCUGUGUACGAAGCCAUUGUACAAGCAAAAAACCGUUAUGGGUGGAAUGAGAUAAGCGAUAUUCACCAGUUCUAUACCAAAGGUCAUGAUGUUCUGGUGGAUGACAUGGAAUACAAAAUGAGUUCACCGACGUCUUUCGCAAGCAUCGUUAAAAUUAAUGUUUUAGUGCUAUUGAUAGCAUUGAAUGGACUGGCAAUGAUUUAAUGUGCGAUGUAGGGGAUACAAUUUGUGUAAAUACUUUUAAAAAAAUUAUCGUUUUUCGUCUUUUUCUUCAAGUUUUUAUUUUCUUCUUUUGAAAUUAUUUCAAGUGCCUUAUUAGAAUUGUAAGUUUCUAUGAAAGUAGAUGAAGAAAAACAAUUGAUUUAAGUAGAUCAAGACGAUGUAAAUAUAUUAAGCAAAAUUGUGAGACUUUGUAAUUAAAAUAGAUUUACAUUUUAGAUAAGUCUGAGAAAUUUGUAGAUACCCAUACCUUCACAACCAUUUUAAAAUAGAAAUCUUUAUCGUGCAGCAUUUAGGUCAGUAAACAAAAACGAAAAAAAAAAUCUGAAAAAAGAACAAAAAAAAAAUUAAUUAGAAUUACCAAAGUUAAGUGGCAUAUUAUCGUUCUAUAUAUGUAAAAUAUUCGUACAAUAAACUUAAAAAGCUCGGAUUGUUACCUAACUGGAAUUUGCAUGAAUUGAACGUAAAAGUUUUGAGAGAUUGAGUUUUCUUUUCUGGUCUAUGGUGAAUGAUAUUCUAUUGUUUAAUACAUAGAAGACGGAGCAUCCAUUAAGGAGAUUGGCGAGUUUUUGAUUCCAAUAGAAAUGUUUGCCAAAUGCAGUCUAGCUGGUUAAUUCGACUUAUAAAUUUUAAACGAUGGAUUCAUGCAACAAAAGUGUAAUGAAGGGAAACUGUCAGCUGCUAGUGGCUGAUGACUCUGUUCCUUUUUCUCCAAAAAUCCUACAGGUUCAAACUCUUAGUCAAGUGCGAGUUGUCCAAAAAAACCGUUUCGCUCAUAUUGAAUGUAAAAAGCGAUUUUAUGGUUGAUUAUCGUAGAUGGAUCGACCAGUAACUCAAAUCGCGAUGUUGCCAAGCUGGGAUCGGCCUGGUUUGGUCUAGGGGGCCGACGUUGCCUAACACUUCUUUUCGCUCUAUGAAAUUUUGAUUUUUGAAAAUUUAUUUAAAAAUAUAAAAUGAAAUAUUUUUGACAUGGUUCCAUGGGAGAAAUUAUCCCGAAUGGUGUCAAUUUUAUGUUAAAAAUAAAAAAUAUUAAUUACUUUAAAAAAAGCAUUUACCGGAUUUUCCAGAUUUGCACACUUUUUUGUAUUGAUGGGCGCCAUCUUGAAUUACAGCGCUACCUGCAUACUUUUUCACGCACUUAUAUUUUUCUCGUAUCCAGAAAGGUUUAAGGAACACAAGAUUUUUUUUCCACUCAAUUCGGAUCAAAAUUCAAUUUUAUAAAGCCGAAAGAAGUUUUAGCUGACGGCGGCUCCCUGGCCCAAACCAGGUCGAUUCCAGCUUGGCAACAUUGCGAUUCGAGUUCGUGGCCGACCCACAUACGAUAAUCAACCAUACAAUCGCUUUUUACAUUCACUAUGAGCGAAAGGACAACUCGCACCAGACUAUCUUCA